AUGAAUCCAUAUUUAACUGAAGAACUAGUUGCUUGUGCAAUAGAAACAAAGCAUAGGCCUAAUGUCUUAAAUUACAAAACUAGACUCAUUAAAGAGCUUCCGGAAAUAAAUUUAAUGUUUCCAAGAAUACACGAUUCUUACCAAUUUAACACAGAUAUGAUGGAUUUUGUACCCUUAAGUAAAAAAAAUCUUGGUUAUUCAGCAUUGAGAUCUACUAAAGAUGGAAAUUGUCUUUAUAGUUCAGUAUCUUUGAUUUUAAAUGACAAUAAUCAUACUUCAAAAAUUCUAAGAUUACUGACAUCAAUUGAUUAUUUUAAUCAACAUAGAUCUGAAUAUUCUCAGCUUUCUAAUUUGUUUUUUAUUGCUGUUUCGUUUAAAUGCUCUGACAGUUUUUCAACAAUUAAUGAUAAUAUGAUUUCUGAACUUCUGUUAAAAGAAGCGUAUUUAAAUUGCUUUGAUAAAACAUUUUCAUCUUUCAUUUGUCUAAUAGCAUUAUCUAAUGUUAUAAAGCAACCUAUUGAAUCUAUUUAUCCUGAAAUCGAUCUUUCUAAAAAACGUCCUGCUGUUGUUAUGAGUGAUCCAAGUUUACUUUGCAUCAAAAAAAUAAAAGUUUCUAAGUCUAGUUUUCCACCUACAGAUAACAAAAUACAGAAACCAAUUCAGUCUAAAUUAUUUUUCCCUACUGUUUCUAAAAACACUUCAGAUAUAGAUAAGUCUAGUUUUUGUAAUAAAAUAGUAAAAACUGAAGUAGUUAUCUCAAAAAACGCCAACAACAAUGAUAAAAAGCAAAUGAAUCUUGAAUCUUAUGUUCCACAAAAGGAAAGCAAUAUUGUUGACAUUAGUUUAUUAAAUACAAAUCAGCUAGCAUCUUAUUCAAACUAUGAUGUUUCAUCAUACUGUCUACAAGGUGAAAAAUUAAAAUCAGGAACAAAUGAUCAUGAACUUUUAUCUCUAAUUAAUAAUGUCUGGGUUCCGGAUAAAUGUUUCAAAUUCCCUUUAACAGGUAAAAGCAGAAAAAGACGUUUUUUGCUAAAAUGGCUAGAUGAUUUUUCUUGGCUUUGUUACUCUAAAAUUGAAGAUGGUGCAUAUUGUCUUCCAUGUACACUUUUUGGUACAAAUUUACCAAACAAAUAUGCAUUAUGUAAAUUGUUUAAAGAACCAUUUAAUACCUGGCGUAAUGCUGUAAAAGUUUUCAACGAUCAUGAGAAAACUGUUGACGGAUUACACAUCAAGUCCAUGCAUUGUUAUAAUAUGCUUUUAUCUAGAGCUAAAAAUAAUUCUUUUCCUAUUGAAGUUUCUUUAGAUAGUUCUAGGAAACAGCGUAUAGAAGAAAACAAAAAAAAGCUUGAAUCAAUUGUUAAGACUAUAAUAUUUUUAGGUCGAAGUGAUAUGCCUCUACGAGGUCAUAGAGACGAUAGAAAAUAUCAAGGAGAAAUUGGAGAAUCUUCAAAAAAUACAGGGCUAGGUAAUUUCAUUGAGCUUUUAAAUUUUAGGGUUGAUGCAGGUGAUUUAAUUUUAAAGGAGCAUCUUCUCUCUGCCCCCAAAAAUUCCACAUAUAUUUCAAAGACCAUUCAAAACGAGUUAAUUGAGUGUUGUGGAAAUGCAAUUGAAGAAGUUUUAUUAAAUGAUAUUAAAAAAAGUAAGUACUUUUCCAUUAUUGCAGACGAGGCUUCAGACUGUGCAACAAUAGAACAACUUUCUAUUGUCAUACGUUAUGUUGACUUGAACAGUAAUAUUAAGGAAGUUUUUUUAUGCUUUUUUGAAUGUAAAACAGGUACAAGUGGUUUAAGCAUAGCUACCAAUAUUCUUGAAACUUUAAAAGAAUUCGGUUUAGAUAUAAGAAAAUGCAGAGGCCAGUCUUAUGACGGAGCUGCUUCAAUGUCAGGUGAAUACAAAGGUGUUUCAUCUGUUAUAAAAAAUGUUAAUCCUAAGGCAUUAUUUGUCCACUGUGCCUCACAUAAACUUAGUUUAGUUGUUGGGAAGAGUUGCCAAAUCCAGCAACUUCUUCCUGGUCAAGCAAAACUUAUUGACACAUGUCGAACUCGGUGGGUACAAAAGCUUCGUGGACUUGAUGUGUUUUUCGAUAAUUAUUCUGCAGUUUUUUCUGCUUUUGAAGAAAUGGAAGACAAUAAUUUAAAAGAGUACAAUAAAGAAACAUCUUCAAAAGCAUCUUCUUUUAUGAAGUUAUUGACAAAUUUUUCUUUUAUAGUUUCUUUAGUUUUAACUAAACAACUAAUGGAUUACUUUUAUGGAAUUUCUGUUACUCUUCAAACUAAAUCUUUUGAUAUUUCCCAGCAACUGGAUGAAAUUCAGAAUUUGACUAAUCGUUUAAGAGAAAUGCAAAGAAAUGCUGAUGCUUACCAUAAUAAAUGGUAUAAAAUUGCUCUUGCAUUGGCUAAAACAUUUGAUAUUGAUGAAAAAAAACCUAGAACAUGUGGUGUUCAGAAGCAUAGAGAUAAUCAAAUAUGUGAUACUGUAUCUGAUUAUUUUAAAGUUUCUAUUACAUUGCCUCUUCUCAAUCACUUUCUCAAUGAACUAGAAAAUAGGUUUGAUAUUGAGAGCUUAAUUGUUUAUAAUGGUCUAUGUGCUAUUCCUGCUAGUUUAACAAAGCAAUAUUUUAGAUCUUGUCCAUGGAAAGAAAAAUUCCUAAUUUUUUUGAAUUUUUAUAAAUCUGAUCUUCCUCAUUUCUCAUCAAUUAAUGCUGAAUUAGAGUUAUGGGAGGAAUUUUGGAAAGAAAAGACAGAAUUACCAUCUACUAUUUCAGAUACAUUAAAGUUUAUGGAUAUGAGAGGCUUUCCAAACAUUUUAGAGGCUUUUCAUAUACUUGCUACAAUACCAAUCACAACUUGUGAGUGUGAAAGGUCAAUAUCUACUCUUAGGAGAAUAAAAACUUACACUAGGAGUACUAUGUCAGAAAAUAAAUUGAAUGGGCUUGCUUUAAUGUCUAUUCAUCAGGAAAUAGUUCCUGAUAUUAACAGAGUUAUUGAAAUAUUUGCAUCCAAAGGAGAUAGAAAAUUAGAGUUUUUAUUCAAAUAA